AUGAGCGACGAUCGAGCGAAGUCGAGCCCUGCUUCCGAUGAAGCGAAUCAGGCUAAGCUUCCAACGGGAGAGCAGCUCGACAGCACGCCAGCCCACAAGGUCAGUGAAGCCUCGCAAGGGGACGGCCAGGAAAAUGAGCAGAAAUCUGCGACCGUGUCAGAGCCGAAGCAAUUGAAAUCUCACUUCCGUGGUAUGCCCAAGAAUUGGGAGAUCAAUCGCAACAAGCAAUAA